AUGCUUGGCCGCACAGAGCAGCCCCCUGCUGCCAGGGGUGACGGGAACCGGCUGGAUGAGGGCUCAGACAUGGAGUCGGAACACCUCCCACUGAAGCGGAAGCAGUGUCGGAGCCGGACCACGUUCACGGCCGAGCAGCUGGAGGAGCUAGAGAAGGCCUUCGAGCGGACCCACUACCCAGACAUCUACACCCGUGAGGAGCUGGCGCAGAGGACCAAGCUGACUGAGGCGCACGUCCAGGUCUGGUUCAGCAACCGCCGUGCCCGUUGGCGUAAGCAGGCAGGUGCCAACCAACUGGCUGCUUUCAACCAGCUUCUGCCAGGAGGCUUCCCACCCACCGGCAUGCCCACGCUGCCACCCUACCAGCUGCCGGACUCCACCUAUCCCACCUCCAGCAUCUCCCAGGACGGGGGCAGCACAGUGCACCGGCCCCAGCCCCUCCCACCAUCCACCAUGCACCAGGGUGGGUUGGCUGCAGCUGCGGCAGCUGCUGACACCAGCUCAGCAUAUGGAGCCCGCCACAGCUUCUCCAGCUACUCUGACAGCUUCAUGAACCCGGCGGCGACCUCCAACCACAUGAAUCCAGUCAACAACGGCCUAUCCCCCUGUGUCAUGAGCAUCCUCAGCAACCCUGGCGCCAUGGCCCCCCAGCCGCAGGCCGACUUCUCCCUCUCCCCACUGCACAGUGGUCUGGACUCGGCCACCUCCAUCUCAGCCAGCUGCAGCCAGCGUGGCGACUCCAUCAAGCCUGGAGACAGCCUGCCCACCUCACAGUCCUAUGGCCCACCCACCUACAGCACGACCGGCUACAGUGUGGACCCCGUGGCUGGCUGCCAGUACGGCCAGUACGGCCAGUACGGCCAGACUGCUGUUGACUACCUGGCCAAAAAUGUGAGCCUGUCCACACAGCGCCGCAUGAAGCUAGGGGAGCACUCCGCUAUGCUGGGACUGCUGCCCGUGGAAACUGGCCAGGCCUACUAG